AUCUUUUACGAAGUUUCACUGUGUAGAGGCAAAUAUUUGUGAAUAUCUUUUGUGAAAUUCGUUGGUAGCAUAACUAUUUUAUACCAGAGAGCUGUGAAGUGUUACAAUACAUUUUACUACCUGCUAUGGACCUCCUACUUAACAUAGUAAUUCUUGUUUUACUUGGAGUCAUGGUUAGUAGUUGUUCACCAAUGUAACUUAACCUAACAUUAUUAUUUCCUAUUCCUGGUCGGUUACUCUAUUGAGGUUAAAAUAACUUAGGCCUAAAGAGUUUGUCAUACAAAUGGAUGACGUUCAGUGGAGAUUUUCCCAUGGAAGCAAGGUGGAGGCUAAAUACUGUCCAAUUGAAAUAGAUGGAGACGUCAAGUAUUACAUCUGUCCCCGCAAUGAGAUCUGCUGUACGUUCGGAUGCUGCAUCUCGUCCAACUUUCACUUCUACCAGUUGUGGUACUACUGGCUCAUGGUCAUCCUCAUGUUCCUUCUAUGCUCUGGGGGAACCUGGUGGUACAGGUACUGGCUACACGAAGGCCACUACCCAAGGCCACCCCCUCCACCCAACCGACCACAGCUGCGUCGUCCGCCACCCACCAGAGUAGCCUACCACGCCGGCCGCAACACUGUGGUGGUGCAGCAGAUAUGGAAACCUCAGAGAAAUACACCAGUGGGCUUCCCCAACCCACCACCAGCGUACAGUCUGGUCCAAGGCACCAGCGAGGUGACGCAAUCCUCUAGACCUGGCGAAGUGUCUAGUCAACUGGCCAAGCUGAAGCCUUCCGCAUAUUACCAGAUGUAUGGCCCUCCACCGAGCUAUGAGUCUGUUGUAUCUGAGAAUCACAGGCACCACUCCGAGCAAAUGUCACCGGACGUUGUGGAGCAAUCCAGCAAUACAGUCUGUGAACCGAGUACAGUCGAUCAGGUAACCCAGACGCACAACACACAUUCCCCUGUACAGUCCACUUCAAGGAGUCCAGUACAGUCUACUUCAAGAAGUCCUCAUGAUACACACAAUGCAGCACAGUAUACUUCCAGAAGUUCCCAAGAAACACACAUGGUACAGUCUACUUCAAGAGGUGACUCACACUUGCCAGUACAGUCCACCUUAAGAAGUCACCAGAACUCCAACACCUCAUUGCCUAAGUAGUAUCUUUAUGUCAGACCCAUUGAGUAUUAUUGAGUUACCAUUUUUAUUAGUUUGUUAGUUUUUAUAUGUGCGUUUAUAGUGUGUACGAUGACAAUGAGAUUUUGUUCUCAAUUUUUUCUUUGACUGGGCGUAGUGAUUCUCAAAAUGCUUUAUCUCAAUUUCUACUAGAGUGCUUUCACCCAUUGAAGCAGGAGAUUUUAUAAAUUAUGAAUAAGUUUUUAAUUUUAAUACAUAACCUGGUCAAAGCCAGUGACUGAAUUAAACUAGACCACAUCUAUUUCAUACUCCAUGUAUUCAUUUAAAUAGCUUAUGUCUUGCUGUGAUGCCAUUUUACACUGUUCUCAUGAUACCGAUGAGCUCAGUUUGUUGUAAAGCAUUAAUCAUUUUCAUAAAUAACCAAAUCUAAAUUUUAAUCUCAUCAGUGCCGUAAUCACAGGUCUUCAACUCACAACAUUUUAUCUCCAUAACUUAUUCAAUUGACGAUUUUCUACUAAUGAGAGUAGAAUUUAGAAAAAAAUAGUAGAACAUAACCUGCUGAUUUUUCUAAAUUUUACUGUCAUUUACAUAUUCAGUAGUAAGUUAAAUAAAAAUUAAAUAUUUUUGCUGUCGAUUAUUCUGAAGAGAUUGAAUCUCUUCUGACCUGCUGAUCCCAAGCUUGAAUAGCUGAAUAUACUUAAGCCUAUCUUAAUUUAAGAACUGAAUCGUACAACUGAAACAUUUAAUUUGUACCUAUAUCCUACUGUAGCAUGUUGAGUUAUGUAAAUGUUUAACAAACAUAGCUACCUUUUCUCUAACUUAGGGUACAUAUUUCAAGUAUGUUGUUAUACCUACUUUUGUCAUAGUGAUAACCAAUGGGAUCAGCCCUUAGCCUGCUUAAGAUCAGAAAUACCAGAACUGAAUGUUAAGUUGAAUUUAGCUCUUUAUAAAUCUUGAAUUAUUUUGCUAAUUAUACAAAGGCUUUCUAUAUUAAGUCUCUAUCAAGCUCCCAUCCCAACCAAACUACUUUAAAUCUGACACCUAUGUCUUGCUCUUGAUCUCAUCCUCUACUACUCUAACUGUUUCCUAUCCCUAUGCAAUGAUUACUCUCAUAGUAGACAAACAUGAUAUGACAGAAGUAUGAAUCACAUUCCAUGAUCAAAUUUCUGUUGGAAGGAGGUCAACUCCUAUUGAAAUCCAUUGCCAGUUGACAGAUCAAAGUUGCUCGCCGAACAAUCAAAAGGUCGUAGGUUUGUUCCUAAGAAAACUCAGUAGUCUUUUGAUGGUUCGAAACUAGACCCAGUUGUCCCUAAUAAAUGAUCCUGGCUUAUGAAACAGCUGAUCUUAGUAACAAAGCUACACAGAUUAUCUCAUAACAUUCUACACUCAUCCUUCAUUCAUAUUUGGCUUAAUACAAACCUAGGUGGCGUACCUCAGAAUGAUAAUGAUAAUUAGAUGUGUAAUCAGAAAAGCAUUUUAGACGUCAAAAAUGUACAUAGUGGCUUAGAGAGUUUGUAGAAGGCCGUGCACGUUUGCACAACGAUGCUAGGAGCAUGUGUUCUUCACGUGGCUUGCAAAACGAAGGGUGAUAAGUACAUAGGCUUCUCAUCUGUAUUUAAGCCCCUUCACAUUGCAAGUGUCGAUCAGUUCCCAUAGUGGUUUAAGUGCAGGAAACUUUGCUUUCAUUCAGUCAUAAUGCGAUCCACAGGCAAAAUCCCCUAACUUCCUAACUAACCUGAUCACUGCCUCUGACAAGACAGAUGCCGCAACCACCCUACACCAUGUAAAACACUACAAAUAGUUUACAAUACUUACAACUGCCUUAGGGAUAUUUCCACCCCUUACACACAUUUUUAUAUUCAAACACUUAACUCCAUUCUCAUCUGUCAAGGGUGAUGGACUUCAGGAUCGGCCUUAGACGAUAGAAAUCUAAUCACAGAAUGCAUUUUAUACUUGGCAAGAACAUGGAUUUUGGCGCGACGGUAGUUGAACGACCACUAUAAGGACAGCCCUUGUAAAUUCAUCUCAGACUGAUAGAACAAGUGUCGAUAUAAUAUUAAUAACUGACCAGAUUUAUUUACUGAAUGUAUCAUUUGCUUAUUGUUGCAUGUAAAUACCUAGAUAGUAAUAUAUCUAGUAAUAUACCUAUAACAUAUCGCUAGAAAUAUCUUACAACCGAAUGUUUCACCCAUUCAUUUUCUUUGAAUGGGUAAAUUCCUGGAAGAUUAAGUUACCAUGUGUUUACAGUCGGGACCACGUAAGUUUGCAGUUGAUAGCAGCCAAUCACAAGACAAGGCUAGUGCGAUGUUGCCACAUCGCACGUUGACAACGCUAAUUAAAAUAUACUAAGCAAUAUUUUCAAAUCAGCUGGUAUUAUUAGAAUUGGCAAUACCGCACGGUUCUCAUUAGUUCAUUCAAAACCAUAUGGUAAAUGGGCUCCUCCCUCAACUGCAAACGUACGUGGUCCCGACUUUAAAUAGCUUAUUGCUUGGUUUCACCUAUUUCUUAGUACAAACUUGUUAAUAGACCAUAAAAUUGAAGCAAUUUUAAGUGCUUGAAGUAAAACAGUAUGCAAAGCGAAUAAUAGAUUAUCAAUAAAUUUACUGUACAUACAAUGCCUUAUAAUGCAGUUUACAUUGAGUGUUUCGGUGUUUAGAUAAGGUGCACAGGCAGUAUUAUUUAUAUAGUUUUUUGGGUGAACAAGUUAAAGGCUAGUUAUAGUUCUUGAACAUUAUAACAAUUGUUUGUUUGUUAUAAAACAUACUAGCAGUUCUUAAAAACAUUUUCUGCUGUUAUGUUGGAGGGCCACUGCAAUGUUUGAACAGAUGCGCCUAUGGUUGAAGUUGUUUUGUAACCAAUGGUAGAGUCACACAACAAUGACUGUAAUAAUCAGUGAA